UCCAGCUGCACGGGGAAGCUCCUGGGGCUGAGCCGCCUGGACUCGUGGCUGGCCGACAUCACGAGGAGGCGGUUCCACGGGCGGCCUCCCGUCGUCGUCCGCGGCAACCACGACGCAGCUGAGGCGGAUUUCAAGAGGAGCAAAGCCAUUUUCUGCGGUAUGGGCGAGACGUGCGUGCACGCAUUC